UAAAUGAAUAAGCUUGCUAGCUAAGUGCUCGGGAAGACGUACGGGCGGGCGGGCGGGCGGAGAUACAGCAAGCUAGCUGAUGGCGGCUUUCGGUUCGAGUGUUAUGCCUGCCGGAAUCUCGUCGCCGGGGGGCGGUGGUAGGACGAACGGGAGUCUGCUGUGCACGCCGGUGACGGGGGGCAGCGUGGAGCUAAUGCUGGCGCAGAUGAAAACGGCCAAGGAGAUCGGCGCCGACGUCGUUGAGAUCAGACUGGACUGCCUCCGGCAGCUCACUCCGUCGCUGCAUCUUCCCGUUCUUGUACGACAGUCACCUCUGCCCACUGUUGUCACUUGCAGGCCAAUAUGGGAAGGAGGUCAAUAUGAAGGGGAUGAGAAGAGUAGACAGGAUGCUCUUCGUUUGGCCAUGGAAUUAGGAGCUGAUUACAUCGACGUCGAGCUUAAGGUUGCUCAUGAGUUCAAUCGUUCAAUUAUGGGGAAGAAGCCAGACAAGUUCAAAGUGAUUGUAUCCUCCCACAACUUCGACGAUACCCCUCCUACCGAGGCCAUCGGCGAUCUUGUCGCCAGAAUUCAAUCCACCGGCGCCGAUGUUGUCAAGAUUGCAACCACUGCCUUAGACAUCACCGAUGUCGCCCGCAUUUUCCAGAUCACCGUCCACUCUCAGGUUCCGGUUAUAGGCAUUGCCAUGGGCGAGAGGGGCCUAAUUUCGCGGCUACUAGCCCCCAAAUUCAAUGGCUAUCUCACUUAUGGGGCACUUGAGCCUGGGACUAUAACGGCUCCCGGCCAGCCGACUGCAAAAGAUUUGCUGGACCUGUACAACUUCAGGCUUAUAAGGCCAGAUACCAAGGUUUAUGGCAUCAUUGGGAAACCAGUUGGCCACAGCAAAAGCCCACUUUUGUUCAAUGAAUCAUUCAAGAAAGUUGGACUGGAUUCCGUUUAUGUUCAUUUACUGGUGGAUGAUGUCAAAAAAUUCUUCAGCACCUAUACAUCCAUUGAUUUUGCCGGUUUCAGUUGUACGAUUCCUCACAAGGAAGUUGCAAUGGGGUGCAUGGAUGAGAUAGAUCCAACUGCCAAGAAAAUCGGGGCUGUUAACAACAUCGUCAGACGACCAGACGGGACUUUAAAAGCUUACAACACGGAUUAUAUCGGUGCAAUUUCUGCUAUUGAAGAUGUUCUGAGAGAGUCGAAUGGUUCAAGUUCUGCUGGUUCACCCUUAGCCGGCAGACUGUUUGUUGUCUUGGGGGCUGGAGGUGCCGGCAAGUCGCUUGCCUAUGGCGCACAGCAAAAAGGAGCAAGGGUCGUGGUCGCGAAUCGCACAUUUGAACGAGCCAAAGAUCUGGCUGCCAAGGUAGGGGGGAAAGCUCUGCAUCUUCACGAAGUAAACCAUUUCCAUCCAGAAGAAAGAAUGAUUCUUGCAAACGCCACAUCUGUGGGCAUGAAGCCCAAUAUUGAUGCCACCCCCAUUUCCAAGGAAGCGCUUAAGCAUUACGAGCUAGUGUUCGAUGCCAUCUACACGCCGAAAGAUACCAGACUCUUGAGGGAGGCUAGAGAGUGUGGAAUACAGAAAAUUGUGUACGGAACAGAGAUGUUGAUCCGGCAGGGGUUUGAGCAAUUCAAGAACUUCACCGGUUUUCCAGAAGCUCCAGAAGAACUGUUCAGGCAGCUCAUGUCAAAGCAUGCAUAAGUGAGGAAGAAGAGGGGCAUUAAUCUAAGGCUGAAUGAAGCUGGUUCCAUGGAUCUCUACAAAUUCAUAUAUAUAUUCCAGGCUCUAACCACUGGCUGUUGAGUUGUUUCUUUGUAUCAUCUGUCUCUGUAGUCACCAUUGGAAUUUGGAAUUAAGAUACAGUUUCUGUGAAGAA